AUGCAAGAGCUCAUCGCCCCGGAGGUUGUCGAAUUCUACUCGAAGGAAGGGGUCUUCUUAGGCGAUAAGGGUUCUUUGGAGGCUGUCAUACGCGACGUGACAGGUAUUCCUGCCGGAGCCCUACGGAAUACACCAUUAUUCCACUUUACGACUUCAGAACGCGAGGCGUGGGUGCGCAAUCAGGAAACAAAGUAUGAGGAAGACAUGGCAUACUCGCUGCUUGGAAUAUUUGGCGUUCAUAUGCUACUCAACUAUGGCGAGGGUCGCGAACAAGCACAGAGAAGGUUGCGAGAAGAGGUCCAGAAAUCUGUGAAAGGCACCUACGACAACAACUUUUUGAUCAGCUUCAGCCUAUCUGGCGUUCCCGAGACUCCAAAUUUCGUAGCAAGAGAUGGAGAAGUAGCGGAGAUGCGAAGAAUGCUGUGCUCGGAUGGAAGCCGUUGCACAGUUGUCCUCCAUGGUCUCGGCGGCAUUGGCAAGACACAGCUCGCUGCAACGUAUAUCAAACGAUACCGGGACGAGCACUCAGCAAUCUUCUGGGUCAAUAUCAAGGACAAAGCAUCCAUCCAACAGAGCUUCGCUAGGAUCGCAACGCAGAUCCUGGAACAGAAUCCCAACAUCGACAGCCUCAAGGGACUGAACCAGCAGCAAGACCAUACCAAAAUCAUUCAGGCCGUCAAAGCGUGGCUCAGCUUGCCAGGCAAUACCAGAUGGCUCAUUGUGUACGACAAUUACGACGACCCAAAGCUUCCCGGGCGGGUGACCGAUACAGCGGUUGACAUACACCAGUUUCUUCCCACGGCAUUUCAGGGUUCAAUCAUUGUCACAACACGGCUGUCGCAAGUCGAAAUAGGGCAUCAAAUUCGAAUUGAGAAACUCAAGUCCGACUGCGAGAGUUUGCAGAUACUGUCAAAGGCGUCAGGCCGAAAUGGCUUACAAGAUGAUUGUGAUGCGAAAGAACUUGUGCGAGAACUGGAUGGGCUUCCUCUUGCUCUUGCUACGGCUGCAGCAUAUCUGAAGCGUGUCCCAAUCAGCUUCCGAGACUACCUUCGCCACUAUCGGGAAUCUUGGGCAAAACUCAAGGGCAUUCUGCAUCUUGGUUCUUAUGCAGACCGCACCUUAUGUUCAAAAUGGCAGCUGUCAUAUGAACAUGUGCAGGCACAGAACCCACUUGCGGCUCAUCUGCUCCGGUGGUGGGCCUACUUCAACAAUGAAGACAUAUGCUAUGAUCUUUUCCGAGCCAGCAGCGAAGACGGCCCGGCGUGGAUGGGGCAGCUUUCAGAAGAGCUCAACUUCAACGAUGCAAUGGGCGUACUCCAUGACUACGGCCUAGUGGAACCUACAACCAUGUUCCAGGAGCCACAAGGGUACAGCAUACACAGUUGUCUACAUUCCUGGACUAUUCAUAUAUUGAAUGAGGAGUGGGACAGCUGCUUGAACAAGCUUGCAGUGGAAAGUGUGGCAUCACAGGUUCCUUCACGAGAGGAAGCCGAGUAUUGGCUUCUUCAGAAGAGACUAAUAUCACAUGCGAUCCGGUCUUGUUCAACAGUACAAGAGAGCAAUUGUCCUACAGAUCGGGCUUUUCAUUCUCUAGGUAAUCUUUACGCUGACCAGGGGAAGCUGGGCGAGGCCGAGAAGAUGUAUCUGCGGGCGCUGCAUGGAAGGGAGAGAGCUGUAGGACUUGAGGACGUCACAACAUACCGGCCGGCCAUCAACACCCUUGAGAACCUAGGAUCUCUCCUUUUCGGAUCAGGGCCGUUUGAUUCAAGCGCGGCAAUACUACCAACGUGGUUACGACGGCCUUGAGCGACUCCUCGGGCCAUCGCAUCAGG